AUGACAAAAGUCCUUUUGGUGGGCGCAGUCAACAAAGAUGUAUCUUCGCCAACCACACCAUCUGGUCAAGUCUUCUUUACGCCUGAUCUGAACGGACCGCCUCCGUCUAGUGAUGAUGAAUUAGCCACGUCCAAAGACGCAAAUCAACCGCAUCAGCAUUCCUAUUCAGGAAGUCUACUUCAUCAACGAGCACAAGGCAUCUUGAAAGUCCAAGAUGUGACGCCCAAAGUUGAAGCAAGGAGGAAACGUCAGAGAAAAUACAAGGCAAAAAUCUGGAAGAACUUAUCGGUAGAAGAAAAGAGAAGGAUCUUAUCUGUCAGGAAUGCUAAAAGAUCCGAACGUUACCAUAACUUGCCUGAGGAGGAGAAAGAAAUUGAGAGAGCCAAAUCACGUCAAAAGCAGAAAAAGUCUCAUGACAAAGAUCCAAUUAGACAUGCUGCUUAUCAAAAGAAGUACAGAAAGGAUCACCCGGAGAAAGCUAAAGCUUGGGAACGUAAUAGAGAAGAGAAGAGAAAAGCUCUUCGGGAAGAAAAGAAGAAAGCAACUCUCAAAGCCCUUCAGCCUAAAGAAGAUGACAAAAGUUGA